GCGUUGUUGUUCGUUAAAUUGGAAUAUAUUUCAUUCACAUCUGAUAAAUGUCGAUCUGAUCACGGUUUACAUGUUUGUAAAUAGAUAACAGUUUUUGUGUAAUGUCAGUGUCACGAUUCGGGUUGAAAUCUGUUUACAGAGAGAAAACAGCUUGGAAAUGAGAAAGGCUUACAUUAUUGAUACUUUGAGGAUUUUAGCAGUUUUAUUCGUUAUCUAUGAUGGUGUUAACUGUAGCAAUUACAGAAAUCCAGAGAUCAUGCGUCUUCAACAGACCAUGUGCAAGGAUACCAGUAAACACUGUAUAUUUGAACAAGUAUGUGAAAUCAAAGUAGCACAGUGUUUGAUCCCACCAUGUCAUGACAUAACCUACUGUGUCAAUACAUGGGGAUCUUCGUCCAAGGGUGGCGCCUGUCCAACAGCAGACGACAAAAGUGCCGGUAGAGUUCAGUGCUUUGGAGAUUUCGGAUGUGAUUUAAGUAACAACGAUGUUUGCUGUCAUAAUCGUAAUACGAACACUUCGUACUGCCACACACCUAAAAUAUAAAUAAAUAAAAAACCUCGUACUGUCA